AUGGCUGCUCAGUGUCGUAGAGGUACAUCAGCUACCAGCGCUUGUGUCGAUGUGUUCCCAGCAUCCGGGUACUCUGGCAACAUCAGCUACCAGACUAUGUGCGGCCUCGACGGUAGCGGCGCCAUCAAGUGCUACAACUGCGACAACAGAAAGUCCAACGCCUGUGGACAGAACUUCAAGUCCUACCAGUACGAGGCCACACCAUGCGAGGAGGACACUAAGAAGUGUGGCAAGCAGACUCAGCUCCCAAAUGCAGACGGGUGGGUAGGCGUCAUUCGUAGCUGCUACCCUUUCGGCACAGUCCGCGGGAUAAAUGAGUCCAACGGUUGCCACAUAUAUUACAACGAAGACGUCAACUUCACCGCCGAGUACUGCUUCUGCGACCGCGACUACUGCAACGCGGGCUACGGCGCGGUCUUCAGGCCUUCCACAGACCCUCGCUCGCGUCUCCUCACCUUGGUGGCGCUGGUGUUGGCCUUCCUGCUGCCGUCAGUGCUCACCCGACCCACCAGCUCGUCCUGUUCGUGUGCGCUGGCGAAGAUAGCACAGCACGCGUUCAUCAAGAGGACCGGAAGUCGCACGUACCAGAAGGAAGUGACGGCGGCCGUGACCCUCAGUGGUGCGGGCGGGACAGCCCCGCUACAUACCUGUGUGCACGUGGCUUCGACAGGUGUGCACGAGGGAGGUAAUCCACUGGCAGCACCUGAGAGAAUGUGGAGGAAAGGACAGUCACUCCGCAGAGAGCAUCACACACUCCUCGGCUUUGACGGCGAGACGCUCUCGCAAGGGGACACAAUCGUGUGCUCUGGAUUAUUCCCCUUCACAAGUUUAUGCCGUGGGUGAGAGACGUGCUGGUGUCGCGGAUGGAGCCGAUGCAAGCGUCCUGUCGACUGCAGUCUAAAUACUACCGACAGGGUUGAACAUUAAUUAAGCUGUUUCUUAUCAUGACCCUCCGUAACACAGACCGAACUUCUGUCUCCGACAGUCGUUAACAGUAAACAACAACUAACCGUAUAAAGCCCAAACAUCAUUUCCAAAAUUUCCGUCUCGCAGAAAAAAAGAUUUCAGUUUCUCUCUUUUCUUUAUGACAUGAGCUUUCGUUGAAUGGAUGUUGUUGAAUGAGGUGGGAAAAAAAAG